AUGCCAUUCAUCGCUGCAUGGCUUUUCUUGAUCUUUGGAUUCUUCGGUCUGCAUGUUGUGUUGGCUGAAGAGACGCGUUCCAGUCAACCACCAACAGCUACACUAUCAAACACAGAUACCAUAUUUGUUGGCCGCCAACUUGCCCAGUUUGAUCAGGAUUUGUUUUUGGGUAUCAAAUUUGCCGAUGAGCCUGUUCGCUUUACACCAUCCAAAUUGAAGACUAAGUACGCUUCCAACGACCGUGACUCCGGGGCGUAUAACUUGAGUGCAGCAGGAUUUAAGCCCAAGCCAAGCGCUGUAUAUUAUAACGCGACAGAAUAUGGGAAUGAUUGUCCAGGUUAUGGAUCAGACACUACGGAACUAGUGGAUAUGGGCCUCAUACGACUGAACGAGGACUGUCUCAAUCUCAAUGUGAUUAAACCUUCAACGCAAAGUAAUGAGUUGCUCCCAGUGUUGCUUUGGAUAUUCGGGGGUGGCUGGCAGCAAGGUGCCACUGCAGAUCCAAGGUCUGUCAAUACUUCAUUGAGAUAA